AUGGCCAGAUGGGUCUGGCGCCGCAAUGGAAAGAAACAGCUACCCGCGCGCGUCCGGCAUCAGGUCAACUCCCAACGGCAGAUGACGGAGCUUCUAGAGAAGAUCAUCCUCGAAGCCCACUUUCAGGGUGCAGGCAGCCUGCGGCCAGAGAUGAAGGAGCGCCAGCUGAAGGCUCCGCAUCGCGAGCCCUGGCCCUGCGCAGAAGAACUGAGCAAGCAGGCCCAAGACACCCAGAGAGCGGCCAUCGAGAUCUUGCUGGAGCAGAGCCAUGCUUACGGCGAGAGUGUCCAAGAGGCGGUCCAAGAGGCAGCCCACGCGGCGCCGCCGACGAGCGAGGCGGCGCCGGAUCCGACGGCCAGGAGCAAGCUGCAUACGCCGACGGAUCACAACUCCGAGGACCGCGACAACAGCAAGGGAAGCGUGAUCAGGAGGCCAGAGCACGAGAAGGAGGAGCGAAGUCCCUCAAGGUCAAUGAGCAAGCGCGUACCUUCAAAGAAGCCGGGUCUGCCCAGGACCCCCACGGUGUCAAAGAAGGCGGCCGGAUGGUCCCACAUACGGCUGGCGGCGACAGCCUUGACGCCGUUCGGAGGUCUUGGCGCGGCCCUGAAGAAGACCUCAAACAGCAAGCAUCACGAGAAGGAGGACCCAGAGGAGGAUGCCUCCAAGAACGAAGAGGAGCAGGAGGAAGGCAAACAAGAAGAAGCAGAGGCAGCGCCCGCUCAGAUGCCAGCGAAGGCAACCAUGUUCGACACAUGCUUUGCGCUGGCGAAGCAGUUCCUUGGCUUGUUCGGGGUCUAG